CGAUCACACGCACCUGUACGAGAAAGAAAAUGGCCUCUACCACUACCAGCUGCGGCAAAGAGGAGAGGCUGCGCGUCCUGCUCAUCCCCUUCUUCGCCAGCAGCCACAUCGAACCCUUCACUCACCUCGCCAUCAGCCUCGCAGCCUCCAGGCCCGACGGCGCCGUGGAAGCAACCGUGGCCGUCACGCCGGCGAACGUCCCAGUCGCCCAGUCCUUGCUGGAGCGUCGUGGACAGCACGGGCGUGUCAGGAUCGCGACGUACCCGUUCCCGGCCGUGGAUGGCCUCCCGAGGGGAAUUGAGAACCUCGGCAAGGUCGCGGCGGCAGACGCGUGGCGCAUCGACGUCGCUGCCAUGAGCGACACCCUGAUGCGCCCCGCCCAAGAGGCGCUCGUUAGGGCGCAGGCCCCGGACGCCGUCGUCACCGACGUGCACUUCGCCUGGAACGUCGCCAUCGCGGACGAGCUCCGCGUGCCAUGCGUCGCGUUCAGCGCCAUCGGCGCCUUUUCCACGCUCGCCAUGCGACGCCUCAUGGACGACGACGAUGCCGUCGUGGGCAAAGACGUCCUCACGGUACCUCGUUUUCCAGCCCCGGAUAUACUGGUACCCAGGAUCGAGCUGCCGGACUUUCUGAGGAGCUCCUCUAGGAGCAGCGAGUUCACUGUUGUGUCGAUUCCAGACUGCUUCGGCCUCGCCAUGAACACGGCGCCACACCUAGAGCAGCAGUAUUGCGAGAUGUACGUAAGCGAAGGCCAAGCGAAGCGCGCCUACUUUCUUGGGCCGCUGUCGCUGGCGUCGUCACCAGCACCGGCCGCCGAGGUUCACGCCGGCGGCGUCCACUCGCCGUGCAUCGGCUGGCUCGACUCGAAGCCAGACCGCUCGGUGGUGUACCUGUGCUUCGGAAGCCUGGCCCACGUCUCGCACGACCAGCUGGACGAGCUCGCUCUCGGGCUGGAGGCCUCGGGGAAGCCUUUCCUGUGGGUGGUGAGGGCGGCGGAAAAGUGGGCUCCGCCGGAGCGGUGGAUGGGACGUGUCGACGGCAGGGGCUUGCUCGUCACGACCUGGGCUCCACAGACGGCGAUUCUGGAGCACCCGGCUGUGGGCGCGUUCGUGACGCAUUGCGGGUGGAACUCGGUGCUGGAGACGGUGACGGCCGGCGUGCCGGUGCUGACGUGGCCGAUGGUUUUCGAGCAGUUCAUCACCGAAAGGCUGCUCACAGAGGUCCUCAGGGUCGGAGAACGGCUGUGGCCGCAUGGCGCCGGACGACGGAGUACCAGGUACCAAGAACACGAGGUAGUCCCGGCCGAGCACGUGGCGCGGGCGCUGACGGCGUUCAUGUGCCCCGGAGGAGCAGGGGACGAGGCGAGGGACAGGGUGACGGAACUCGCCGCCAAGUCUCGAGCGGCCGUGGCGGAAGGAGGCUCCUCGCACGGUGAUCUGCGACGCCUCGUCGAUGAUCUCAUGGCAGCUAAGCUUGCAACAGGAACGAGCUAGCUAGCUGCUGGAAGGAUCGACGAUGAUUUCGGUUGCCGAUCAUGGCCUCCUCGCUGGAUCCAUGUGACAGUGUUUGACCUAGCCCGUUCUUUCCUUCUAUCCUUGUACUUUUUUUUUUCCAUGAAACAUGUCUUAACUUUAUCUGAAAUUUAGUAGCUGAAUAUAUUUAAAUUUAGAUAAAGUUAAGAUAAUUUUGGGAGUGUCUAAUUAUCAGCUAGCUGAUUUUUGAUUUCGCCUUAAGUCAGAUUUUGAUUCUGACUCA